AUGGACGACGACCACCACUACCCCGUCAUGGAUCCCUAUUCACGUUCUCGUUAUGACCAGGGCAUUGAUAGCAAGAUUACCCUACUCAUCCCAACCGUCGCAGGCGUUGGCAAGACCAGUCUUUUGCAACGGUACACCCAAAACAAGUUUGACCCCAAGAACACGACCUCGACCAGCGGGGCCUUCUUUGUAACCAAGAAAGUCUAUGUCAACGGCGUCAAGGUACGCCUGCAGCUAUGGGAUACAGCCGGUCAGGAAAGAUUCAGGAGUAUGGCUCCCAUGUAUUAUCGAGGCGCUAAUGCGGCUCUUCUGUUGUACGAUAUCACCAAUUUCUCAACCUUUGAGGACAUUCGAGGCUGGCUGGAAGAGCUCAAAAAGAACUGUCCUCCUGAAUUGUUAAUCUACAUCGUUGGUGCCAAGGCGGACCUGUCUGAGCAGCGGCAGGUCACCUCAGACCUUGCACGUCUGUCACUGCACAACUGGUUCCCUCCACCACGCAUCCCUACACCUCCGCCACCUCCACCUCCACCUCCAUCAACUCUCGGCUCCUACAUUCGCCCGCGGUUCACAUCGUUUCCGGGUCUCAAAUCGCCAACGUUUGGCAUGUCUUCUUCGCCUCCCGCUCCCACUUCGCCCGAAACCCCCGCGUAUUUGGAUCUUCCCCCCGGUCGAUCAUCUGCACUUCAAAGAAGUAGAACACAAGGUCCCACUCGUCCGAGAACUGCUGGCUCUCUUACCCGUUCGAAUACUAGCUCGACAUCGCGAACGCCUCAGUCUUCCCGAUUUGGGUUUGGGGGCUACGAUAAUAUGGAUAACAGCAGCAACAGCAUCGAGGAGGAAGACGAGUCAGGGGAUGACGAACGUGAAUGGGGGCUGAGCAAAGGGAUGGAACUUUUCGAGGUGUCUGCCAAGGAUGACUUUGGUAUACAAAACCUGUUCGACCAUCUGAUAUCAGCUAUCAUCCUACGGAAGGACGCUAUCGAGCGAGAGAACGAGCUGAGGAAGCGGGAUAGCGUCUUUUUGUCCACAGUCAGCCAGCCGACAUGGGCAGCGCAAGCGGACGAAGAGGAGGCCCGCGAAAAGGCCCAGCAGCAACGGGCUGGUAGUUGGAACUGCUGUUAG